CUUUCGUUUUUUAAUGAAUAGUUUUUAAAAGUAGACUCACUUCAGAAGCUGAGUUUGUAAUGUUCAGUUUUUGUUAUUUUCUAUGUGGAUUGGGAGGGAGGCUUUUAUUUUUCCCUUUCUAUAAGUGACCUUCCUGAUACAGGGUCAUCAUAGAUUCGAAUCAGGAGGAAGUAGCACAAUCAUUUCUUUGUAAAAAUUCUGAAAACUCUAUUUCACAGAAGGCAGACGGUUUUUUAUUGAUUAACACAAUGUUUGAACUCCCGGUUUCACUUGUUAAGGUUCUCCUUCUUCCCUAGCUGAAAUAAUUCUUUUUCUUUGUGAGCAUGUCGGCCGUGCAGGUAAAUCACUCAUGAUUUAGCUAAAGUGGAAGGCCCAGGACAGUCUGAGACUUAAUUAUUUGUUGUCCCCGGAGACUGUGGGCCUUGAGGUUAGCAGGGAGGACGCUGGAAGGUCUUUGAAAAUAUGAUACCGCACGGAGCUGUGUUUGGUGGCAGGUCGGGAGAGAAAUAGAAACCUGGAAUUGGGAUGUUUAGUCUCCUGUCAGAAGGGCUGGCUGAUGGGGUUUUGUACCUCCUUAACCUUCUGUUUUCUCCCCAGGCGGGGGCCUAGGUGAUAUUCCUGCCGAACUCUUCCUGAAACUUAGCGAAGAUCCCCAGCAUCAGAGCAGAUGGAUAAUGGGGACUGGGCCUAUAUGAUGACUGAUCCAGUCACAUUAAAUGUAGGGGGCCACUUGUACACGACCUCUCUCACCACUCUGACGAGGUAUCCUGACUCCAUGCUGGGAGCCAUGUUUGGGGGAGACUUUCCCACAGCCAGAGACUCUCAGGGCAACUACUUCAUCGAUCGGGAUGGGCCGCUUUUCCGAUAUGUCCUCAACUUCUUAAGGACUUCAGAACUGACUUUGCCUCUGGACUUUAAGGAGUUUGAUCUGCUUCGGAAAGAAGCCGAUUUCUACCAGAUCGAGCCCUUGAUUCAGUGUCUCAAUGACCCAAAGCCCCUGUAUCCCAUGGAUACUUUUGAAGAAGUCGUUGAGCUGUCCAGCACCCGGAAGCUCUCCAAGUAUUCCAACCCAGUGGCGGUGAUCAUCACGCAGCUGACCAUCACCACCAAGGUCCACCCUCUGCUCGAGGGCAUCUCCAACUACUUCACCAAGUGGAAUAAGCACAUGAUGGACACCAGAGACUGCCAGGUGUCCUUCACUUUUGGGCCCUGUGAUUACCACCAAGAAGUCUCUCUCCGAGUCCACCUCAUGGAGUACAUUACAAAGCAGGGCUUCACGAUCCGCAACACGCGGGUGCAUCACAUGAGCGAGCGGGCCAACGAAAACACAGUGGAGCACAACUGGACUUUCUGUCGCCUGGCCCGCAAGACAGAUGACUGACCCAUGACCCCAGUAGAAACUGGUGGGCGCUGGCUCGUGGACGAAAAGUAAAAAAAAAAAAAAUCACCUCUGAGGACUUGAAAAAAAAAUCUGUAUUUAUUUAAAGGAUGUGAGGACUGGAAAAGAAAUUUGUGCUUAUUAAAACUUCUAUCCCUUCUCCUCCCUCCCACUCCCCCUUUCCCUCCUACUCCUCCUUUCCCCCCCUCUCCCCCGCCCUGGUCCCAUUCACACCGAGUAUGCAUGUGCCUGUUCAAAUUCUCAAGAUACCUUUUUUAUAAAAAGAAUUCUAAAAAUCAUUAUGGUCUAUAAUCUACCUGUUAACAGAACUUUUUCUAUUACAGUGCUAAAAUUAUUACUGUUUAAAUGGUUCCUAAUGCAACUACAAGGCUAAAAACACUGGAAAUGGAAGAAUUAGCAGGGCACUUCUGACGCCUCUGAGAAAAGUCAAAACUUUCUGAGGGACCUAGUUUCCAGGCCAAUAAACAGUGUUGGGACGUGAAAGGAAGCCCUGCUCCGAUCGGUUUAAAGUCCUUGUUAAGUCCCGCUUUUCCGAGCUAGGACAACGGUUCUUUCUAUGCAUAUUAAAUCAAGCAACCAAAUAUCCGUAGCCAUGGAAAUGUUGGACUAGAAAUAUUUAUAUUGGAUUUUGAACACAAAAUAUCCCCAUGGUAGAAGUCUUACUUUUUAAUGCCUGGUGCAAUAUUAUUCCCAAGUGUACUGCCUGCCCAAAAGAAGCUAAUAAAAAAGUGAAAUAUGGAACUAG